AGCACUCUGCAGCGCAGACUGUGAGGAAGAAGCAGAAAAGAAAAAUCCUCCCAGGGCUGGAUCCAGCAAUUCCGCGGCAGCACACAUCCCAUCGGACCCCAGAGCUGUAUCCCAGAAAUGUUCAUGUGUGGAAAACAGCCUGCACUUCAGAGCCUGGCCCAGCCACAAGCUUCACCCCUGCUGGGAACAUGGAGCUUGUGAUCCAGGCUGAGGAAGAGAAAGGGCCUGCUCCAGGCUUUCGUUUCCUGGCUGAAGUUUCUCUUGUGGGUGCAGCGUCUGCAUCCCAGGGUGAUGAGGUUAAGGGCUCAGUGGCGGUGGGAGCGGUAGUAUUCCGAUAGACCUUGUGCCUGUCAGCCGAGGACAUUCAUCCUCUCUCCGACGGCCAUGGACAACGGGUCGUGCUGUCUCAUCGAGGGAGACCCCAUCUCCAAGGUGAUGCCACCGCUACUCAUCCUGGCCUUCGUGCUCGGCGCCCUGGGCAACGGGAUAGCGCUGUGUGGCUUCUGCUUUCACACGAAGACCUGGAAACCGAGCACUAUUUACCUUUUCAACUUGGCCGUGGCUGAUUUUCUCCUCAUGAUCUCCCUACCCUUGAGGACAGACUACUACCUCAGACGUAGGCACUGGGCCUUUGGGGAUAUUCCCUGUCGCCUGGUGCUCUUUAUGCUGGCCAUGAAUAGGGCGGGGAGCAUUGUCUUCCUCACCGUGGUGGCUGCCGACAGGUAUUUCAAAGUGGUCCACCCCCACCACACGGUGAAUGCCAUAUCCAACCGGACAGCAGCUGCCGCCGCCUGUGUGCUCUGGGCCUUGGUCAUCUUGGGGACUAUGUAUCUUCUCAUGGAGAGUCACCUGUGUGUGCAGGAGACAGAGUCGUCUUGUGAGAGCUUCAUCAUGGAGUCAGCCAACGGGUGGCAUGAUAUCAUGUUCCAGUUGGAGUUCUUCCUGCCUCUAGCCAUCAUCCUGUUUUGCUCCUUCAAAGUUGUCUGGAGCCUCAGACAGAGGCAGCAGCUGGCCAGACAGACUCGGAUGAGGAGGGCCACCCGCUUCAUCAUGGUGGUGGCUGCUGUGUUCAUCACGUGUUACCUGCCCAGUGCGUUGGCCAGGCUCUAUUUCCUCUGGACAGUGCCCUCCAGUGCCUGUGACCCCUCUGUCCACACAGCCCUCCACGUCACCCUCAGUUUCACCUACCUGAACAGCAUGCUGGAUCCUCUCGUCUAUUAUUUCUCAAGCCCCUCGUUCCCCAAGUUCUAUACCAGUCUCAAAAUCUGCAGUUUGAGACCCAAACGCCCAGGACGCUUGAAGACACAGAGGUCAGAAGAGAUGCCAAUUUCCACCCUCUGUCGUAAGAGCUCCGUCGACGGGGCAAAGAGCUCCCAAAGGCCGUCAGAGGGGCAGUGGGAUCUCCAAGUGGUUGAAUGGCAUGAAGGCAAACAGCCCAACCUCAAGGCAGAGGGAUGGGCAACUGUGAGUUAAAUGGGUGCGGACUUCAAAAACACCACCUUCUCUCUCAGCUGUAGCCUUCUCUCAGGUGGAAAUGAAAUCCACGUCAUUCUACCUUUUCUAGAAGAGUCCAGUUGCUUGAAGUGAGUUGGUUGUGUUUAAAUAUUCUGAUUGCUAUGGUAAGAGGAUAGCACAUGCUUGUGUGUGUGCACGUGUGCGUGUGUGCGUGUGUGUGUGUGUGUGUGUGUGUGUGUGGUGCAUGUGUGUGUGAAGGAAAGCAUGUAUUGGGUUAGGAACUGCUCAGAGCCUCUGUCACUUUACAUGGCUGAGAAUAUGGUCUUGUUCUUGCUCUGAGAAAGUUAAUGAACUUGAUAACUUGUCAGUAUUUCCUGGGCUGAAAAAAAAAAAUUGAACCUGAACUGGGUGGACACACUUCUGCCCAGCUGAGUGAGACCCUUUACACCGGGAUGCUUGGUCUUGGCUGGUGUUUCAUCUUCCCUGGGGCGCUCCAUACAUUUCCUUUCCAGUGUUUGAACUUCCCCGUAGCCCAGGAGGACAGCAAAAAGAAUCUACCCUAACCUUCCAGGCUAGGCUCUGCUGAUUUUAGGUGGUUUGGUUUUGCUUGUUUGUUUGCUCUUCAAAGAAGAUUCUGAUGGACUCGACAAACCGGUCUAGUUUCUCUAGGGGAAGCUGAGAGACAGGGAUCCUUAGUGGUAUUUAGGGUGUGCUAGUUCAUGUAUGGUUGUUUUUGACUGCUUGAUGUAUAAGUAUGAGUUUAAAUCAUUCAUUCAUUCAUUCUCAAGUCCUUGCUGAAUUUGUAUUGUGCAGCCCAGCAUAAUAUCUUCAUCUGUUUUGUCUUUGGUGCUGGGCAUUGAACUUGGGGCCUUACAUGACCUAGGUGAGCACUCACCACUGAACUCCAUUCUCAACCCCUUGUACCCCUUUUAGCUGGAGCAUUGUUUGCCAACCUUUGGGAGACUGUAAAGUUCUAGGGGGCGACCAGAGACAUUUCAUCUCAGCUCCCUUUUGGUGAACAGUGUCUAGCCAAUCAUCAGGAUCUCUUCCUACUGUGGCUCACGUGUCUCCAGAUACUGCCCGGAAUUCUCACCUCUAGACGAUUUUGGGAAGUGCAGGCUGCUCCUGUCCCAGAGGAAGGACCUCAGCUCCUCUUCCAAAGGGGUGACAGCCAUCAGCCAUCCUUCUGCUUUCACUGUCUCUGAUUCCCAAAGCAUUCUCCCCAGGCAGGGACCUUGACAACGUUUAUGUCUUUAGCCUGAGACACUCCUCUAGGCUGUCCACACGGUUUCCCUUGCCAGAAACGUUAUACAGCCUGGUAGCCAAAACCAUGGUCUGGCUGCAGGACCGGCAAGAUGGCUCAACGGGCUAAGGAGCCUGCUGCCAAGAUGCCAACCUGAGUAUCCCUGGGACCCAUUGGUGGAAGGAGAAAACAGACUCCCAAAGGUUGUUCUCUGGCCUACACCACACACACACACACA